AUGGGAGACCUCCAGAGCACACAGUUGUACCGCCAGGCUACAGUCGACGGUGUCAUUGACAUUGGAGGUAGUAAGCUACCUGAGCGCUUGCAGGCAAUCACGUUCAAACAUCUGAAUGAACCAGACCAGGAUGGACGAUACUUCCUGCCAGACAUUUUGUUUUCCAAUGAUACAGGUCUGCAGCUCUGGCACCAGGUCAAUCAUCUACCUCACUACUACCAGACGGACAUCGAGGUCAAGCUCCUAGAAGAGCACGCAGCGGAUAUUGCGCGUCUGAUUCCUGCUGGAUCCAGUGUCUUUGACCUGGGAUGUGGUGACGUGCGCAAAGUGCGUCCCGUUCUCGACGCUCUUGAAAAAUUGGGCAAAGAUGUUGACUACUAUGGCCUUGAUCUCUCUCAUAAGACGCUGGCGGCGAAUAUGGAGAGUCUGCGAUCGACCUAUCAGUUUGUCCAGUGCUUCGGGCUCUGGGGCACCUUUGAAGACGGCUUCGAGUGGGCAAAGUCAAUCUCCGGCCGCAGGCUCUUCCUCUCGCUCGGCUCGAUAUACAGCAACGAUCGAUUUGACCGAGCGGUCCGCUACCUCAAGACCUGUGUAGGGGCCAUGCGCCCGCACGAUCUCAUGCUCAUCGGCAUCGACUGCAGCCCAGACCCGGACGCCGUCUGGGCCUCGUACCACGAUUCAAGCGGUAUUUUCGAAGCCUUUAUCCGGAACGGGUUCCAGCACUCCAACGUCGUCGUCGGUGGGCAGUGGUACAAUGACGAGGACUGGGAGGUGCGCGGGGUGAUGGAGCAGCAGCCGCCGCCCCUGCGGCACAAGUUUGUCCUGCGCGCGGUGCGAGACGUGGAGCAUCCGCCGACAGCCUUGUGCUUCAAGGCAGGCACUGAGAUCGAGUGCUAUGAAGGCAUCAAACAGACGCCCGACUUGAUGGCGAGGCAAUUGUCCUCGGCUGGCUUGCACGAGUGGCGAGGUGGGCGCAGCCGACCAGGACAAUUUAUGAGUAUCUCGUCGAGCCAGACCUAG